GGCCACAUGAUAUGCUUGUGCGUCAGCUGACCCGCAGCUGUUACGGGAUAUGGGUAUACAGAUGCAGCGCGGCUGCUAAAGAUGAUCAAAUCCAUAGAAAAAUUGCCUGCAGCAGAAUGUCCCAAAUUUCUGCACAGAGUGGUCGAUGGCGUAUGUGGGAGAAGCCCCCCAAAGAUGGCGGACUACGGCACCAGGUGGAGCCUGACUGAGUGGAUGGAGCUCCUGGACGCACUCUCCGCCAUCUUUCGGCUCACUGUUGGGAAGAACAUUCCAGAUAAAGAGGUAAAGGAGUCUUUGGCAGAGCUGGACAGCAGCUACUCCGAUGCUGUCUUAGGAUGCCUGAAGGCCCGACAUGAAGAGAUCCGACAGUCUCUAGUAGAAAGGACAAAUGCCGUAUCUUCUGCCCAGCUGCAGGAUUUUGACUGGCAGAUUAAGCUGGCUCUGUCCAGCGACAAGAUCUCCUCGCUGCAGACACCGCUGCUGAACCUGAGCCUGGACAUCAGGGAGGGUGGCGCCGUGAGGCCCGUGUCCAUUGAGAUGAACCGUGAGGAGCUGCAGGGCCUGGUCAGCUCCCUUGAGGGUGCUAAUAAGGUUGUCCUCCAGUUGAAAUGAGGGAGAAGACCAGUGAUAUUUUCAAGAGAUUGGAAUGAGGACUGUGGUGAUGUCAUAUGGAAGAUCUGCAGAUAUGUGGCAACAGGGGAGGCAUAAGGGUAGCCUUAAACGAUCUGCUGUCAAUGGACUUGCAAACAAACUGUGUCCUUUUUUUGCAUUUUUUAUGUGGAAAAACAAUAAAUUUUUUACUGCUGUA